CACUCCUGCUCCUGCUGUUGCUGAUGUCAAAUCUGCUCUUGUGCAAGAGCGUGGCCUCCCUUCCCAUCUGUCCCAGCGGGGCUGUCAACUGCCAGGUGUCCCUUCGAGACCUGUUUGACCGCGCAGUCAUCCUGUCCCACUACAUCCAUAACCUCUCCUCGGAAAUGUUCAACGAAUUUGAUAAACGGUACGCCCAGGGCAGAGGGUUCAUUACCAAGGCUAUCAACAGCUGCCACACCUCCUCCCUCUCCACCCCUGAAGACAAAGAACAAGCCCAACAGGUCCAUCAUGAAGUCCUUCUGAGCAUGAUCCUUGGAGUGCUGCGCUCUUGGAAUGACCCUCUGUACCACCUGGUCACGGAGGUGCGGGGUAUGCAAGAAGCCCCAGAUGCUAUCCUAUCAAGAGCCAUAGAGAUUGAGGAACAGAACAAACGACUUCUAGAAGGCAUGGAGAAGAUAGUUGGCCAGGUUCAUCCUGGAGUCAAGGAGAAUGAGGUCUACUCCGUGUGGUCGGACUUCCAUCCCUGCAGAUGGCCGAUGAAGAUACGCGCCUUUUUGCUUUUUAUAACCUGCUCCACUGCCUACGCAGGGAUUCACAUAAGAUUGACAGUUAUCUCAAGCUCCUGAAGUGCCGAAUCAUCUACGACAGCAACUGCUAAGCCCACAUCCAUUCCAUUCAUUUCUGAGAUGGUUCUUAAUGAUCCAUCCCAUAGCAGUCUUCUUUUAGUUUUAUAG